CCUAGUAACCAGGCAGCAGCGCAGGAAGAGCUAGCUGCCUAGUGAGAGGCUGCUGCCAUGAAUCCGUCAGGGGCCCACGGAGUCCUGGAGCAAAAUGGGGAAGAACACAUAUCUACCCCAAUCCAUGGGCCCUCUAUACAUUCUGAUAACCCCCAGGAGCGGAUCCAGGCCCGGCGCCUACGUAUCGCUGCACGUCUAGAAGCCCGGAGGCGUGAAGCACUUGGAGAAUAUUUAGAUGGAAAGAAGGAGAGUGAAGAAGAUCAAAGCAAGAGUUACAAACAGAAAGAAGAAAGCAGACUGAAACUGACCAAACUACUACUCUGUGGUACUGAGUUGGUGACAAAUAUCCAGGUGGCUACAGAUAUAAGAGAGAUCCAUAGAAGAGUUGAAGAAGAGGAGAUAAAGCGUCAGAGACAUGAGAAGCUGGAGAAUGAGGUUAAGACCAGCCAGGAUAAAUUUGAUGAAAUCACCAUGAAGUGGGAGGAGGGCAAACAGAAGCGGAUUCCCCAGGAUCUGUGGGAAAUGCUCAACACUCAGCAGCAGCACUGUGCUGGCCUGAUAGAAGAUAAGAACAAGCUGAUCAGCGAGUUACAGCAGGAAUUAAAAAUAAAGGAUGACCAGUAUGUGAAGGACUUGAAGAAACAGUCAGAUGACAUCUGCCUGCUUCUGGAGAGGAUGGAAGAGCAGGUGAAGAAUGUGAUGAAAAACUUCCGUCAGGAGCUCUAUCAUAUUGAGAAAGCAUUUGAGGCAGAACGUCAAGAGUUGAUGACCAGUAAUAAGAAGAAAUGGGAGCGGGCCCUGCAAGCUCACAAUGCUAAAGAGCUGGAGUACCUGUUGAAUCGCAUGAAGAAAGUGGAUGACUAUGAGAAACAACUGAACAAGCAGAGGAUCUGGGACUGUGAAGAGUAUAAUACCAUCAAGAUCAAGCUGGAGCGGGAUGUGCAGAUUCUUGAGCAACAACUUCAGCAAAUGAAAGCCACUUAUCAGCUAAACCAAGAAAAGUUAGAGUACAACUUCCAGGUGCUGAAAAAGAGAGAUGAAGAGAGUACAGUGAUCAAAUCCCAGCAGAAGAGGAAGCUCAACCGUUUGCAUGACAUCCUUAACAACUUGAGAUCAAAAUACAUCAAGCAAAUAAAGCAGUUUCACGAAGAGAACCAGGCUCUGACUUCUGACUACAAGCGGCUCAUCACGCAGUUCAAGGAACUACAGAAAGCCAUGAGACACUUUGCUCUUAUUGAUGAGGAGCAGUUUCGGGAGAUUUGGCUAAUGAAUGAAGAAGAAGCAAAAAGUCUGAUAAGGAGAGCCUUUGAUGUGGACCAGGUCAUCAGCAUCCAGCACCUGGGGCUUACCUGGACGAUGCCUGACUUCUGGUUCCUGAAGAAUGUGGGGCCUAUUUUCCAACAACAGAAGAAGUCAGCCACACAGAUCUUGGAGGAAGUGCUGUUGCAAACAGAGGAGGAGGGGGCAGAAGCAGCCACCCCAGAUACAGAGUCUUAUCUGGAUCUACCCAAGCAAAUUUCAGCAAAAACAACCAAAAAGAUCCUGAUGCUUCUGUGUGAUGAGUCGGGUUUCCUCAUAGAGAGCAAGUUGCUGAGCCUGCUUCUUCCCCUGGAGAAGAGUGAAUGCUAUUUGCUGAGGCUGGAUGCCAUCUUCUCGGCCUUGGGAAUCGAAAAUGAAGAUGACUUGUACAAACUGGUGAACUUCUUCCUUAAAUACCGAUCCCAUUGCUUAUCUCCUACCCAGGUCAGCGCCUUCAAUCAAGCCAACACAGAACAAACCAGCUUCAUGUCGACAUUGAAGGGCUUGGGUUUAAUAUCUUCGUUGGACAGAAGGAGCCUGGUGUCAAAAUCAGAGCAGGACCCAGAAGAGCAGGAGACCUUGGAGGGAGGCCAGGAAGGGAGAAUUGUAGGCAGAGAGCCAGAAGAGAAAGAGGCCCCACUUUCACCCAGGCUCAUCCAUCCCAAUGAUGUCCUGAAGGUUCUGGAGGCCUUUGUCAUGGGGCUAAAGAAGCCUAAGGACUUCCAUCCACCACCAAGAAUACAGAAAUAUGGGCGAGAUAACUCAAAAGAUUCUGAAUAUUGGGAGGCCCUGACCACAGUUAUCCCUUUGGCCAAGCUGAACCUCUGGGAUGCACUGUACAAGGCGUUGGAGAAAUACCAUCUUGUGCUGACCCAGAGAAUCAAGCAACUGAUGGAGAAUGAUACUCUGGAGCAGCAGAAUACAGAGCUACAGUCACUGCUGCAGCAGUAUCUACAAUCUAAGGUAAACUCUGAACUACAGGUUCCUCCGACUCAGGGCUUCUGGUUGCCUGCAAAAUAGAGGCAUAACACCAAAGGCUGAGGUGUCCUGAGCUGGCACUGGGGCUUGGUGUCAGAGUCAGCACCUGUCACCCAGGGAUAUGGGCCCAUACUAAGUUUUCCAGAAGUGUAUGAGCCUGUCAAAGGAAUGCAUCAAUUAUUGCCACAGUUCCAAUUAAAGUCUUUUGAAAACUGA